UAAUCCCAAAAAAAAAAAAAAAAAUAUUCCAACCGUCAAAAUCUCGAAAAAGAAAAGUUACUCUCUUUAAAAUUUUGCAAAAAUGGCCACAAAAGAAAUGGAAGUAGUGAAGAAUUUGGAUAUUGAAAGAUACAUGGAGAGAUGGUAUGAAAUUGCCUCAUUCCCAUCAUUUUUUCAGCCCAAAAAUGGAGAGAACACUAGGGCCACUUACACUUUAAACCAAGAUGGGACAGUACAUGUAUUGAAUGAAACAUGGAGUAAUGGAAAAAGAGUCUAUAUUGAAGGCACUGCUUAUAAAGCUGAUCCUAAAAGUGAUGAAGCAAAACUUAAAGUGAAAUUUUAUGUUCCUCCAUUCUUACCAAUAAUUCCAGUUAUUGGGGAUUAUUGGGUUCUUUAUAUUGAUGAUGGUUAUCAAUAUGCUUUAGUUGGUGAGCCUAGGAAGAAGUAUCUUUGGAUACUAUGUAGGCAAACACAUAUGGAUGAAAAGAUAUAUAACCAACUUGUUGAGAAGGCUAAAGAAGUAGGCUAUGAUGUGAGCAAACUUCACAAGACACCUCAAGCUGAUCCUCCACCUGAGAGUGAACCUCCACCUGAGAGUGAAGAUGGCCCAAAAGACACCAAGGGAAUUUGGUGGAUCAAAUCAAUCUUUGGAAAAUAGUCAAUAAAUAUGUUCUUUUAAAAAAGAUCUACAAUAUAAAUUAAACAAUGAAAAAUAUGAAAAAUUAUCUUGUAAAAAGAGUUAGUGGUUUUAAUUCCAAAUGUUUAAGGUUAUAUUUUUCGUAGGAGUCCUUUUUUUCUCUAAGAACCUUGUAAGUCGAUAGUAUAUAGUAGUAGUGUGGUGUUGUAAGAGUUUGUUGUCAAUUUUGCAUUUGAAUUAUAUGUAUGGAAUGGUUAAUGUUAUUUGGUUGUUUCUUUGG